GGGCGUCACUACAGGACCCUACAGGCUGCAGCUAACUUAACAUUGAUUGAUGUAUUAAAACAAAUGGCGUCCAGAUAGCAAGUAGCCAAUAACCUCAGAGUUUGUUAUUAUUUGUAAGUUAUAAAGCCUAAAACACACAGCAUCAUUAGUGAGAAUUAUAUCAAGAAGUGGAUAAUGGAGGAAUGUUUAUUACUGUGAUCGUCAUUGAGGAUUUACUGGAGACAAAGAGGAUCAUUUGACAUUAUUUUCCAUCACCAAUGUUAACUGCAAGACAAGUACAGCAGCAGGUUUCUAUACGAGAAGAACACCAAAACAGUGUCCUGGUUGGAGAUACAAAAACUUUAACUUCUGAGUAUUACAAUAUUUGUAAAUGCUUCAUGCCAAACAUUUAGAAAUAGUUCCAACACAUAUAACACAUUAAUCUUUGUUAAUAAAAGUGAUAGAAUGAAAGUUAACUCAUAACAACACUCAUUUUAUUGAUUCAAAUGUUUAAAAGAUGUUGAAAAAAUCGAAUAUAGCAAUACAUUUGAAAAUCGUUUAGAAGAGAGACAGUUUAGGUGCUUUAGACUGGCUUACAAAUUUGUCCAUAAUUAUGAAGUACAUGUAGCAAGAGGCAGAGAGGUGACCCGUAAGUGUCCAGAAUGUCUGAAACGUGUACACAGAAGUCAUCUCUGCUGACCCAUGUGGAAGAUCCUGCAGAUGAGAAAUUGUUUCAGUGUUCAGAGUGUGAAGAAGACUUUAAACACCAGAUUCAUCUGGAAGAACAUAUGAGAGUUCAUUCAAGGAAGAAAUCAUUUCAGUGUCCAGAGUGUCAAAAAUGUUUCACAAUAAAAUCUAAUCUAAUAAAACACAUGACAAUUCAUACUGGAAAGAAACCUUUUCAGUGUUCUGUGUGUCAAAAAAAAUUUACAAGAAAAGCUUGUUUAGUAAAACAUAAAACAAUUCAUACUGGAGAGAAGCCAUAUCAGUGUUCAGAAUGUUUUAAGAACUUUAUAGAUAAAUUCUCUUUAGCAUCACAUAUGAGAGUUCAUACUGGAGAGAAACCAUUUCAGUGUUCAGUGUGUCAAAAAGACUUUUCACAUAAGUGUCAACUUGUACAGCACCAGAGAGUUCAUACAGGAGAGAAGCCCUAUCAGUGUACAAUGUGUCUGAAAGACUUUACACAAAAACCUCAUCUGGAGGAGCACAUGAGAAUUCAUACUGGUGAGAAGCCAUUUCAGUGUUCAGUGUGUCUAGAUUACUUUACUCAUAAAUCAUCUCUUGUAACUCAUAUGAGACAUCAUACUGGAGAGAAAUUUCAGUGUUCUGUGUGCCAUAAAGACUUCAUACAUAAAUUCUCUCUGGUGAGACACAUGAGAAUUCAUACAGGAGAGAAGCCUUACCAGUGCACAGUGUGUAAUAAAGACUUUUCACACAAAUCUCAUCAAGAACAACAUAUGAGGAUUCAUACUGGAGAGAAGCCAUUUCAUUGCAUUAUGUGUCAGAGAGGCUUCUCAUCAAAUUCUAAUCUAGUAAAACAUAUGAAAAUUCACACAGGAGAAAAACCUUUUCAGUGUUAUAUUUGUUUUGAAAAUUUUGCAGAGAAAAGCUCUCUUGUAAUACAUAUAAGAAAUCAUACUGAAGAGAAACCAUUCCAGUGUUCAGUGUGUAAUAAGGAAUUUAAAGUUAAAUCAUAUUUGGUGAAACACAUGAAAGUUCAUUUACGAGACAAACCAUUUGAGUGUGCAGAAUGUCAAAAACUGUUCUCACAAAAAUCUCAUCUUAUCGAACAUAUGAGAGUUCAUACAGGAGAGAAACCUUACCAGUGUCCAGAGUGUCAGAAAGACUUUGCACAAAAAUCUGGUCUAAUAAGGCAUGUGAAAUGUCAUGCAGCAGUGAAAUGAUCUUGGUGUAAAAAACACCUUAAGUAAAAUCAUGAGUUGUUUGUUCUUGGAAAACAUAUGAGGGCUCUUCUAGUGCACACCCUGUCAUGGUAAAUGUGAUAAUUACCAGUAAGUUCUUGUAUUCUGUUUAUAUGAGGCGGCAACAGAGAUACUCGGUGUAUGGUGUGUUGCUUGGGGUCUGGUGUAUAGUGUGUUGCUAGGGGACUGGUGUAUAGUGUGUUGCUAGGGGACUGGUGUAUACUGUACUCAGUGUGAAGAGUGUUGCUGGGAGACUGGUGUAUACUGUACUCGGUGUAUGGUGUGUUGCUUGGGGUCUGGUGUAUAGUGUGUUGGUUGCUAGGGGACUGGGGUAUACUGUACUCAGUGUGUAGAGUGUUGCUGGGGGACUGGUGUAUACUGUACUCAGUGUGUAGUGUG